AUGGCAUCUGCCGAUGAAACUUUAAAGGAGUUCUUCCCAAAAUACAAUCCGACGAUACGCGCUCACAAGCACACCUGUGUGGGCUUGGGUAUGGAAGUCAUCAAGCGCUUGAAAGUCUUGGAGAACGAUUUCCCUGGUAUCACGAAGUCUAUGAUGCUUGUAUCUUGUGAUGAAAACAUUGAAGAUCUGGUUGACUAUACAACAUCAUUUCCUGGACCACAAGGCUUUUUGAUUGAGACGGAAAAAGAUCACGUCAUGAUGGCUAUCCAUGUCAGGGUCGACGGAAGACCUGGUAUCUUUUUGUCAGAUUUGGGAUACCAUAUCUCUCGUGUCGUCACCGUAAUGGCGGACCGUUGCUAUCCACAUACAGGCUGGUUCACUCAAUCCGAUGAGCCUCACUGCCGCAAAGAGUAUAAUUAUCAAUUCAACAUCCACAACAUCAACUAUGUGGAGUGGCACGAGCGUGAGACGCGAGGAGAUAAGGUGAAAGAGCGUCUGUCCCUUGUGUAUGUCGCCAAGGCAUAUCUUAGCGCGGUCGCCGUGACGGAAAAGCGAAAUCUAGUAUGGGACUUGAGGAGUUUGUUGGCUCGUGAUCCUAAAGGACGUUUAACUGCUGGUAUUUACUUCCCAGUUAAAAAGAAGGACCAACAAUUCACCAUGUUCUUUGACAGCCACAACGGAAAACAGAGAAAGAAACUUAAAUUUGAAACUUUCUUAGAGUUGCAGAAGAUACCAGACGAAGUAGUUGAUGAGGUAGAGCAGUGUAAUGACCAACUACAUCUUAAAGAUGGGGAACUCCUGUCAACUCUUAAAAAGCUAGCUUCUAUCAUGGCUGAUGAAGAUUAUAUGUCAGAACUCCUGGAAGUCAACGACAAAAUCGUCCAGCUUUCUGCUGGGACAGAAGUUACACAG